AUGGUCUCCGCUGCUGAGCUCAAGACUGACAACACCUCCCGCGUUGGCCUCGUGAGUAUAUGUCUGUCGCUUGGCUUCACAGAGCGCCUGGGCACUGCUGAGCGUAUGAUAUAAACGCUUGAACGAAGUGUUCGCUGACAUGAGCAAUCCACUUGCAGGGCCUCGCUCGCUCGCUCAUCACCCCUGAUGCUCGCACCUUCACGCUGCUGGCUUGGGGCGCCGCAUUCGGUACAGCCGUCUGGCAAAACUUCAUCAGCGCUCCCAUUGCUUACAGCACCUUGCCACGCAAGUCUUUUGGGGAGCUGCAGGUGAGUGUAUGCGCACACCAUUGAUUCUUGGGACAAUCGCCAGGCUCAUCCUUGACUCUCGUUCUUGCAGGCUGCUUCGCUGCCCGCCUUCUUCACCCUCCAAGCUGGUGCCGGCGGUGUACUGCUCUACUCUCACCUGCGUGACUACCCCUUCAUCAAGCACACCGGUUUCGAUAUUCUUGACCGCGCUACUUACGUCGCAUUGACUCUUGGAACCACGAUCGGUUUGAACCUUGCCAAUCUUUUCAUCGUCUACCCUGCCACCACCAAGCUCAUGAGGGAUCGCCACCGCCAGGAGCGCGCCGAGGGCAAGGAGGCUGAUGACCCCACUGUACGUCCAGCAAUCUCGGCUAUGAGAGCGGCGCGCGCACAAGGCGCACAAGAAAGACUGACAUGCAUCUCUACUCUCCUUGCGACAGGCCUCUGACAAGCUCAAGACUCUGUCCAAGGAGUUCAUCGCUUCUCACAGCCUGAGCGCUGGCCUCAGCCUGGCUGCAUUCGGUGGCCUCGUCUUCCACGGCUUGGUGAGCACGGUAGUCGCUAGCUUUAUCAUUGCAAUCUCGCUGAUACCCCACUUUCCUCUUCCACUUUCCUCUUCCUCUAGUGGCUCGCCCGCUACGGCUUCUCCGAGGCCGCAAUCAAGAGAUUGGGUUGA